CGCAAGACACUAGAACUUCCGUGAAGCUUCUCUUCUGCUGGUCCGGGUUCUCCUUAUGACCUCGUGGCGACGCUGGUAAAGCUGGCUACUUGAAGAGGAAGUGGCUCGGAAUCAGUUAAGGCCAUAGGGUUAAACUGACGAGCAGCUGCGGCAGAAGUUUCUAACUGGCGCUAUGGAAGAAGCUGGAAUUUGUGGGAUGGGGGUGAAAGCAGAUAUGUUCUAUAAUUCUAAAUCAAGUGAUAUUCUUCAACAUCAAGAUUCAAAUUGUGGCACAAGUAACAAGCAUUCAUGCAAGGAAGAUGAAAGUAGUGAAUUUAUAACCAAGAACAGAAAUUUGGUGACCCCAGCUUUCGGCACAAAAGAACCAAAAAGGGAACCUUCUGAGCAGGAAACUGAGUUAGAUACUGCUGAUCCUCAGCAAGAUUUAGAAUGUAACAAGAACAAAGAAAAACCCUUAGGAAAAGAAGUUUUACUAUUGAUGCAAGCUUUAAACAUUCUUUCAACUCCUGAGGAGAAGCUGGCAGCUCUCUGUAAGAAAUAUGCUGAUCUUCUGGAAGAGAACAGAAACAUUCAUAAACAAAUGAAGAUUUUGCAAAAGAAGCAAGCCCAGGUUGUAAAAGAGAAAGUGUAUUUGCAGAGUGAACAAAGCAAGGCUCUUUUGGCAAGAAGCAAACUGGAAUCUCUUUGCAGGGAACUUCAGCGGCAAAGUAAAAUGUUAAAGGAAGAAAAUAUGCAGCAGGCAAGGUUGGAGGAAGAUAAUCGUAAAGAAGCAACUGCACAUUUCCAGAUUACUUUAAGUGAAAUCCAAGCACAACUGAAACAGCAUGACAUCCACAAUGCCAAACUCCGACAGGAGAACAUUGAACUUGGGGGAAAGCUGAAGAAACUCAUCGACCAGUAUGCACUGAGGGAAGAGCAUAUUGAUAAAGUAUUCAAGCAUAAGGAACUGCAGCAACAGCUUGUGGAUGCCAAGCUCCAGCAAACAACACAGCUGAUGAAAGAAGCUGAUGAAAAACAUGAGAGAGAGAGGGUGUUUUUAUUAAAAGAAGCAACAGAAUCAAGACACAAGUAUGAAGAAAUGAAACAAGAGGAAGUACAACUAAAACAGCAGCUUUCUCUUUAUGUGGAUAAGUUUGAAGAAUUCCAGACUACCAUGGCAAAAAGCAAUGAACUGUUUACCACUUUCAAAGAGGAAAUGGAAAAGAUGACAAAGAAAAUUAAAAAACUGGAAAAAGAAAUGAUAAUAUGGCGUACCAAAUGGGAAAAUAAUAAUAAAAUUCUUCUGCAAAUGGCUGCAGAGAAAACUGUUUCUGAUAAGGAAUACAAAGUUUUUCAAAUAAAACUGGAACGGUUAGAAAAGCUGUGUAGGGCUCUCCAAAUGGAAAGAAAUGAACUCAACGAAAAGGUGGAAGUCUUGAAAGAGCGACUCUCUAACAAAGUAGCAGAAGCAGAUUUAACAAUGCCUGUGAUACAGCCCUGUGACCUGAAUUCUCUCAAGAAACUUAAUACUUCUAAAAGAGACCCAGGAAUCAGUCUGGAAGUCAAACCCCAAGGAGUGAAUGAAACAAAAUGCCUGUCAAAAGAUCCUCUUCACAGAAUCUCUUUCAGGCUUUCAGUGAGUGGACUAAGAAGUGUGAACACUGAAGUAAGAAAAUAUUUUGCUUAUAGUUUUUUUCUGUUUGUAGUUUUUGGUUUUCUGGUGAAACUUUUCAUACUUUACUGCCACAUCUGUAUUUUCUUGAAAGUGUAAACUCAGCAGGAGGUUGAU